CUUGGAUUUUGAUGCACGGCAAGGGGAUGUUGAGCGGCUUUUCAGGAGAUAUGGGAAAGUUGAGAGGGUGGAUGUUAAGUCUGGGUUUACUUGGAAUGUCCAUGCUCUUCUUGGAUGGGUCCGCUUAUCUGCAUUUCUUUUGUAGCAUGUGCCCAGGCUUCACUUAUUGUAUUUUACCAGAAGAAUUAAACUGAUCUGCCCUAGUCCUGCCAUCCUACUUUACCUCAGACACCAUUGCUUUUUCAUUCCUCAUGAAUUUUGCUCCGUGUUCAAUUUCCGACAUGUUCCAACAUAGAUUCCAUGAUGAUAUCGCAGCCACUGGCAGGAUUUGCUUUUGUCUAUAUGGAUGAUGAACGAGAUGCUGAGUAUGCCAUUCGGAGACUUGACAGGACAGAAUUUGGUAGGAAGGGACGCCGACUUCGUAUUGAGUGGACCAAGCAUGAAAGAGGGAUUAGGAAACCUGUUGAUUCAAGAAGACCUUCAGCGAACACGAAGCCCUCGAAAACCUUGUUUGUUAUCAAUUUUGAUCCAAUCCAUACCAGGACAAGGGAUCUGGAGAGGCACUUUGAUCCAUACGGAAAAAUAGUGAACAUAAGGAUUAGAAGGAAUUUUGCAUUCAUUCAAUAUGAAUCACAGGAAGAUGCUACCAAAGCAUUGGAAGCAACAAAUUCAAGCAAGUUCAUGGACAGGGUUAUUUCUGUGGAAUAUGCUGUUCGUGAUGAUGAUGAUAGAAGAAAUGGACACAGUCCUGAUAGAAGGGGCCGUGACAUGUCUCCUGAAAGAAGAAGCAAUGAUCGUGGGCGAUCUCCAAGUCCAUACCGCAGAGAUAGGGCUAGCCCUGAUUAUGGCCAUGGCUCCCGUAUAAGUUCUAGAUCUGAUCCAAGAAGAAGUCCUGAUUAUGAGAGAGCUGAAAGCCCAAUCAAUGAUAGAUCCCGUCCUAGUUCUAGACCUGAACCAAGGAGGAGUCCCAGUUAUGAGAGGGCUGCUAGCCCAGUCAAUGAUAGAUCCCGUCCAAGUUCUAGACGUGAACCAAGAAGAAGUCCCAGUUACGAGAGAGCUGCAAGCCCAGUCAAUGAUAGAUCCCGUCCAAGUUCUAAACCUGAACCAAGAAGAAGUCCCAGUUAUGAGAGAGCUGCAAGCCCAGUUAAUGAUAGAUACCGCAGCCGUUCACCCCCACCGCGGGAAAGAUCCCGUUCCUGAGAACCAGCAGGAUGGAGCCUCGUUGUAGUGGUUAGCUGGUCUUCUCUUUCAUUCGUAGUUGACAACUGAAGUUUGGUUAUUCCUUUGUUGUUAGUAUUCAGAGAUAUGAUGAGUUUGAACUUUAAAAUGUUUUCAAAGUGAUAAAUUCGGAAGUUUAUUAAGUAGCCAAUCAUGAUUUAUGAGACUCUGUUUGAUUUGUAUUUGUUUUUUAGUAUAUUUUCUAUAAAUUUAAACUUGGAA